UCACCUGUUGUCUCUUUAUCGCGGACAGCUGUUCAAGAGAGCACCUUGCCGCUUGGAGAAAAACAAAAUUAAAAAUGAUUUAAAUUUAAACCGGGAAAGCACGCACAACACACUCUCAAUCUAGUAGGAAUGUUCAAGCGCACAUUUAAGGUGGUCUAUCGGCCCAUCCGCAGCAAUUUCGUUCUGCUGCCGGAUCAGUACUACGGCGUCGUCUCGACCUAUGACACCGGUUGCCUGAGCCUCCAGUACAAUGGCCGGACCCACUUUGCCUCCUGGGCUCCCAAUGCUGGCGGCGGUGGCAUCAAGGACACUGAGAUCGGGAUCAAUGCCAGGACGGCCAAGGAGAUUGGUCUGCACGAGAACGAUUUGGUCAAGUGUUCGCUCAUCGCUGACGUUCUCAACCUGCGCAGCGUCCACGUCACCCCCGUCUCGUCCAAGGACUGGGAAAUCAUUGAGCUAAGUACGGAGAAGAUAUCGGGAAGUGUCUUGGAGCAAACUCGCAUUGUAAACUCCUCACAGAUUCUAAUUGUUUGGAUAAACAAAUCCAUGCAAGUGGCCUUGACAGUUGAUCGCCUUAAACCCCACAUGAACUAUGGAAGAAUCGAUCACAAUACCGAACUGGUUGUAGCCCCAAAUCUUUACAAAGGACUGACCAAUGGCACCCUCAACGAUGACAGCGAGGAGAACACUAAACUGUCCAGGAGCAAGACCAGUGCCCAGGUCAAGGAUGAGCUCUCCGACAGGCCAACGGCCUUGAGUCACUCCUCCACGGUGGCCAAUGUGAAAAAUACCGUGCAGAGCAAUAUGCGCCAGAGCCAUAUGGAGCGGCUGAAGAGGGAUCUGUGCAGGGAGAGCUCGCGCAGCUUUGAGUUUCGUGUGAUCCGUGGGCUGUGGAGGGAAAAGGCCCAGGAGUCGGAUGUGUUUGUGAAUAGGAAGCAUCUGCCGGAGUUUAUGGACUUGGAACAGUUCUACUGCAUGCACACGGCCGGGGACAAGGACUACUACGUGCGAGUCUGCCCGCUGGAUGACGAGGAGGGGGAGGACACGCUGCCCAGCACCAUUCAUCCAUCCAUCGAACUGAACGCCAAUCUGAUGAAGCUACUGGGAGUCAAGGAACUGGAGCGGGUGGUUCUUCGACCAAAGAUUACCGUGGCAAACUUUGUGGAGAAAAUAGAGCUGUUUGCCCACAGGAAGACCCACUACAAGAUCAUCGAGAAUGCAUUUAAGCGGUUCGUGAUCGAGCGAACCCAGCACAGGGCGGUGCUCUUCAACCAGGAGGAGGUGGUGCGGCUGGAGGACGAUCUGCUUGUCACCGUCGGCAUCCUACCAGAGCAUUUUCGCUACUGCGUCGUGGACGCUCAGUUCCUCAAGGAGGCCAAGAUCUAUGCGGCCGAUCAGGUGCGUCAGGUGAACGAGAUCAUCAAGGAACAGCCGCCGGCAUCAUCCCCGUUGAGCGUCAAGGACCUCAUUCGCCUGCCGGAGUACGACAAGAUAGUGGACCAGAUUGUGAGUGAGCUGCGUAUGAAUCUUUGCCUCAACUCGGAUAACUCUGUCAUGCGGCAGUGCAACGUCCUGCUCACUGGCGCCCCGGGCACAGGGAAAUCCGUUCUGGUGGAGCGCAUUCUGGACCAGUUGUCCCACAAGCCGGACUACUGCUACUUUGACAUCUUCUACGGCUCCCGAAGCAAAGGUCGCAAAACCGAGUCCAUUCAGAAGGACUUGCGGAACAUAUUCACCAGCUGCCUGCAGCACGCUCCGGCCAUCGUUGUCCUGGAGAACUUGGACGUCCUGGCCCAUUCGGCCGGGGAGCAGUCCAGCCAGGAUGGCGAGUACUACAACCGCAUGGCCGACACCGUCCAUCAGCUAAUCGUCCAGUACACCACCAACAAUGCCAUCGCCGUGAUCGCCACCGUCAACGAGCUCCAGACCUUGAACAAGCGCCUCAGCUCGCCCAGGGGCAGGCAUGUCUUCCAAACAGUGGCCAGGUUGCCCAACCUGGAGCGGGCAGAUCGGGAGGUAAUCCUGCGGGAGCUCUGCAGCCAUAUCAGUGUCUCCAAGGACCUGGAUCUGGUCAAGUUUUCCAAUCUGACGGAGGGCUAUCGGAAGUGCGACUUGGUGCAGUUCGUGGAACGGGCUAUAUUCUAUGCCUACCGUAUUAGCAAGUCGCAGCCCUUGCUUACCAAUGAGCAGUUGAUUGAAUCCCUGGAACACACCAACUCCUACUGCCUGCAGGGCAUUCAGAGCAACCAGAAGACCACCAAUGAUGCGGAAGACAGCGAACUGCGGGUGGAAGAACUGCCGGGUCUGGAGUCCGUGGUGGGGGUUCUUGAAGAGGUGCUAAUGUGGCCAUCGAGGUAUCCCACCAUUUUCAAUGCCUCUCCACUUCGAAACCAAGCUGGAGUUCUACUUUAUGGACCUCCUGGCACUGGCAAGACCUACCUGGUCUCCCAACUGGCCACUUCGUGGAACCUGCGCAUCAUUUCCGUCAAGGGACCGGAACUGCUGGCCAAGUACAUUGGCCAGAGCGAGGAGAACGUGAGGAACCUGUUCAACAGAGCUCGCAGUGCUCGGCCUUGUGUGCUCUUCUUCGACGAGUUCGACAGCUUGGCUCCGAAGCGAGGCCACGACUCCACUGGAGUUACUGAUCGGGUGGUGAACCAGUUGCUCACCGAACUGGAUGGUGUGGAGGGACUACAGGGAGUCACCGUGAUAGCCGCCACAUCCAGGCCAGAACUAUUGGAUCCGGCACUCCUCCGAUCUGGACGAAUCGACCGCCUGGUCGAGUGCCCACUGCCGGAUCCCGUGGCGCGUGUGAGGAUCUUUGAAGCCCUCAGCUCCACCCUCAAUCUGGACGAGUGCGUGGACUUUGAUUGGUUUGCAGGACGAACCCCCAACUACACGGGAGCUGACAUCCAGAGCAUUCUGACCUCGGCGAACAUGGCAGCGGUUAAGGAGGCUCUGGCACAAUUCGGACAUGAGAAAUUGCCAAAGAAAAUUUCGGUGAAGCAAAAGCACCUGAUCGAGUCCUUCCAUUCAACCCGGCCAUCGCUCAGUGCCUCCGAUGUGGCCAAAUAUCACAAAACAUAUGCACGCUUUACCAACAAGGAGAAAGGCUCCCGGGAGUUUGUGGCCAAGAGGGCCACUUUGGCUUAAAGACAAAGACUUAAUUAGCUUAGAAUUAUUAUUUUUAAAUCGCACUUUGUAUCUUUGCACUGACAACGGCAAUGUCUUUGGUUUUUGUACAUUUCAUAAUUAUUUUUGUUGAGAUAAUAAAAAACGAAUUUGUUUGAAUAAU